AUGGAAACAGAUGAGGUCGAUAAUAUUUUAUCUCAACAGAUGAGCUGUAUGGUCACAAAUGAUAAAGAGGCGCUAGUACGAGAAUUUCAAAAAAUUAUCGGUGACCACUCGUUGACCCCGGAAACAUGUGCCUUUUUUUUGGAUAUGUCAAAUUGGAAUCUUCAAUCCGCUCUUGGUGCUUUCUACGAUUAUGGUAUCUCAAACAAUGCGCAUUUAUUGGCUGAAACGAAUAUUUCUUUAAUGAGCAUGGGAUUGGUGAAAGAUGUCACGAUAGGGGAGGGUGAAAGCGUUCCACCAAAUACACGAUUCACGAAAACAUGGAGAGUUCGAAACACGGGUAGUGUCAUUUGGCCACCCGGAUCACUCAUUUGUUUUAUGGAAGGCCAAAGGAUGACUCCGUGUGAAGUAGUGGAUGUUCCCUGUGUGGUGCCUGGAGGAGAAGCAGAUGUAUCUGUGGAAAUGGUUUCACCAUCAGAUCCCGGAAUAUAUCAAUCACGAUGGCAACUCAACAGUCCACAAAGGGUACCCAUCGGAGAAUCAAUUUGGUGUAUCAUCUCUGUUGAUGCUUUCGGAAUCCUUGACAUCACUCAACAACUUGCCUCUGCUCCACUUAAUGACAACAAUCCCCGGCCUUUCUCAAAUUUUGGUGAUAUUGGACCAAUCCCCUUCACUGAUACUCGACAAUCAUUCAACCCUUUCAACAAUGAAUCAACGAGGAGUAGCGUCAAUCGAGAUAGUACAAUGCAAGAAGACACUUCACAGUCUCCGGUUGCCGAAUUGACAAGUCCUUUUGAGUUGACAGCUCAAUUGCAACGAGUUCUCGUCUCACAGCCAGUCACCAUUUUGAGGAGAGAAGGGACAGAAGGGCCACCAUGUACUCCGUGUACACCCCCACAUCAUCCUGAUCAUAAUACCUGGAGUGGUCAGGAACGCCAU